AUGCUGGACAAACAAUUUUACAGGAUACAGAAUCGAAUCGGAGCGCGUAUCCAGUUUCUCAGCAAUCUACCGGCUAAUAUGAGUAAACACUUGGCACUGAAGGCCGAAAUCGAGCUACGCGCCUUGCGUUUACUUCAACUGCAAACACAGGUACGAACAGAAGUCUUAAGUCAUCUGAAGAAAGAUACAACGCUUGAAACGGCGCUAAACCCCUACGCUUAUCGCCGCACAAAACGACAGACGCUGAGGGAAGCACGAGUUACGGAAAAACUUGAAAAACAACAAAAAUUGGAGCAGGAGCGCCGUCGACGCCAGAAACACAACGAACUGUUACAGGCUAUUUUGCAGCAUGGCAAGGAGUUCAAGGAUUUCCACCGAAACACUUUGGUGGGGUUUUCACUUCAGUCAAAUUAA